AUGGGGGCCCGACUCAACACCCUCAGAGAGUACCUGCAGGAUUCUGUUCAAGAUGGCGAAGAGGAGAGAGUUUUUGUCGAUAUUGAGCUUCUGGCAUUGUCCUUUGCUACGGGCAUCCAGGAUGCCAUAAGCUACCCAGACUACCACUGCUUUGCAUCCAACCAAACGGGCAACACUGUCCUACUUGCUCUCGCGGCAGCCGACGUGGGGACCGAUCUGUUCAACACGGCGAACACGUGUUUGAGCCUGGGCGUCUUCCUAGGCGGCUGUUUCACUAUGGGUCAGAUAGGAAACGCUGUAGGAGCACGUAAGAGGUGGUGGCUUGUUCUGACAAACCUUUUCUCUACGGCCCUCAUGUUUGUGGCGGCUGGGAUACAGUACGCCAUGCCCGUAGACGUCUCCGGCCCCCGCGCGCUUGGGGUGAUCACCCUACUAGCAUUCUCCUCUGCCGCCCAGGUAGCCAUGGCCAGGCCUCUGAACGUACCUCAAAUCACAACUGUGAGUAGAGAAUGA